AUGGCAAAACGUCGCAACAUCACAACUAUUUCUGAAAUGAAGCAAUUUUUGAGAAAAAAAGAAGAAGAUCAAAUGAUUUAUAUUCAUGUGGAUAGAAACGAGCCAUCGCUAUCCGGUGUAGGACCAAAAGAAUUGUGUAAAACCUUUCUAAAACAAUUCAAGCCAAUUGCUGUCGUGCUGAAGAAAAUGUGCGUGAAAUCAGGCAACAGUUCUUUGCAUCAGGUGGAUAGAAACGAGCCAUCGCUAUCCGGUGUAGGACCAAAAGAAUUGUGUAAAACCUUUCUAAGACAAUUCAAGCCAAUUGCUGUCGUGCUGAAGAAAAUGUGCUUGAAAUCAGGCAACAGUUCUUUGAAUCAGGUAAGGAACAUCCCUAUUUCUUUUGAACUCUAUUAAAA